GCAAAGCUCCCACCUCUGCUCUCUGCACUUCCAUAUUUUACUGUCUCUACUAUACCCAAUAAUAAUAGUAGGUAGCUUUAGCUGCUUAGCUAGCCAAAAGAAGCUGACAACAGUCAUGGCAGCAGCGAAAGAAAGCAACAUAAACUUCACUAAUAAUCAGCACGCGUGUGAGCCCUGCAGAUCCUUUGGUCAGAAGUGCAGCCAUAUUGUGAAGAAACAGCGUGCUAAAUUCUACAUCGUCAGGCGUUGCAUUGCAAUGCUUGUGUGUUGGCGUGACCGUGGAGAGUCUUGAUGAUGAUUCUGCUUCUUCUUAGUUUGGUUUAUUUUUCAAUUUAAUUACUCUAUAUAUCUACAGGGAUGUAUAUUAGGAGUGCUUUGUUAUUAUGUUAGAAACUGUAGCAUCGUUUUUUCUUCUUUUUUUAGUGACACCCUUAUAUAAUGUUCAGCAAAUUGGCUCAUUAAAUGGGUUCUUGAUCUAGUUUUGUUUCCUUGUCUACUAUUAUCUGAUUAGGCAAAGUAAGCUGGCUUCUUCUAUUUUUAUAA